AUGUAUCCCAAAUCUACCCUCCUCUAUCAAGCCCUCUUACUCUCCCUUCCUCUCACAAUCACUGCUCUUGCCACAAAUAUCCAGGGAACCUAUCAACAAUAUGCAACUGCUACCUACCACUUAAAGGAUACGUACAGUUCUAAAAACUUCUUUUCGGAAUUUAGCUUCUUUACGGGUGGAGAUCCUACUCAUGGAUAUGUAUCAUAUCAAUCCCAAUCAGCGGCAUCAGCACAAGGUCUUAUCAAUACCAAUAAUGGACAAGUUUAUCUUGGUGUUGACUCCAAGACUGUUAAUCCUGCAGCUGGUCGCGCAUCCGUCAGGCUUUCGAGUAAUAAAUCGUAUAACCAUGGUCUUUUCAUUGCGGAUAUUGCCCAUAUGCCGGGCUCUGUUUGUGGUGUGUGGCCUGCUUUUUGGCUUGUUGGACCUAAUUGGCCCUAUAGCGGAGAAAUAGAUGUCAUCGAAGGUGUCAGUCUCGCUGGCACAAACAGCAUAACCCUUCACACAGCACCCGGCUGCGUAAUCAACACAGCCGGUUCCCAACCUGGCAUCACACCAAGUGAUUCAAACUGUAAUUCCAACAACGGCUACAACGGCUGUGGCGCCGCAACCAACAAAGCCAAUUCCUAUGGAACCGAUUUCAACAAUGUCGGAGGCGGCGUCUACGCCAUGCAAUGGGAAUCCUCCGGAAUCUACGUCUGGUUCUGGCCUCGCGGCAGCGUACCAGCCGACAUCACUGCCGGCAAUCCAGUAACGGGGAACUGGGGACCGCCAGUCGUGGCAUUUAAUGGCGGAAGUGGAUGCAAUAUGGAUAGUUUCUUCAAGGACCAGAGUAUCGUUUUUGAUACCACCUUCUGUGGAGAUUGGGCCGGUGCAGUUUGGAGCUCGGGUAACUGUGCGUCAUUAGCAAACACGUGUAAUGCGUUUGUGGGGCAGAAUCCGGCCGCAUUCCAGCAGGCGUAUUGGGCUAUUAAUUCGAUUAAGAUUUAUCAGCUAUAG